CACGUGUGCCGGCACUGUUACUUUACUACUGUCUGAUACAGCGUGGCGGUGCGGUACACUGUGGUCGCGACACUGCGACACGUGGUUACUGACCGGUGUCUCUCAACCACCGCCAAGAUGCCGUUGUUUCCAGACUCUCUCGAAGAACUGGAUCUCAUCUAUGCCGAGUUUCCAUUCGUCCACGUUGACUUGGAGAUGUACAUCAACGAGAUCUCCUCACACAGCGAGAAGCUAGCGGCACACGGUGACGAGCUCAGGAACUACAGCGACCAACUGUCAGAGUGCAGCGCAGAGUACCUGCGCUACAGCGAGGAGUUGGUGCAGUUCUGUGAGACGCUGCAGAGCCACGUGAGGCACAAUCCGCACCUCAACAUGUACCUGGUGGACUUCCAGUGGAUUAGCGCUGUAGCACAAGCGAACAGCGAGGAGAUGAAUCUGUACAGCGCAGAGUUGGCGCUAUACUGCGAGGCGGCGGCUGACUACAGCGCACACGUGCUGCAGUACAAGGACAUGUUGAUCGAAUACGUAGACUGUAGAUAAGGAUGCUAAUGCAGAAGCCAGCAAUGGUAUUUAACAAAAUCAUUAAAAUGAAGAAAAAAUAUAGUAUUAAACUACCUCUUCAUGUAUACAAAGUAUGAUAGUAAACUCGAAAAAGUUUACUAGACAUCUGUUGGAGAAUUGAUAGCAUUUGAAGGUGAAAAAGUAUGAUCUCUACACCACAAGUAUAAUAGAGGGAAGAUUCUGAGAGAGACUGGACACUCACACUGAUGGAUACGAGACCUGCACUUGAAGAGGAGGCAAGUAUCGGCUGGUGUAGGUUCACAACACCAUUGUAAUGGUGGACGCACGUUACACUAUCCGGCUCUCCUACAGCGGGUACAGUACUCGUGUCGCAGUGACGGUGUUAAUGGAAAUUUUUCUUUAUGGCGGAUCCUGGACUGGUCGUUUUCUGAACCGCUUAUACCAGCGACUAAGGAACGCCAUAGACUGGCUCUGGCAGUGGCAGCCGAUAGGGGUAACAAUGCGUGAGUCAUCCACUGCUAACCGUUCCACAGAUAGGGUAAAGUUCAUGGGGAACACCAUGGUACUAGAAAAAACUGUUAUGUUCAAUUAAUAAAAGUAGAUACAAAACCCCGGAGGUGAUAUAAAUGCAACUUUGGCGGGUUACUGUGUUUCUCUUGACUUAUGAAUGUACUUACUUAUGAAUGUUGUUUCUUUAAUAUUGUAUAUUCAUAAUGUGAUGAAUGUGUAAGGUCUUAACUAUGUAGUCUGUGUAUUUGUGUUUGUAGUUUUCAAAUGUAUAGGUUGAAAUAAAUGCUUAUAACAAUUGUAUAUAAUUCUGAAUAAAGUUUCUUUAUAUUUUUUUAAGGGUUGUUUACAUCAUUAAUUAUAUUAGUUCACCAUAAUUAUUAUUGAUUUAUUAUAAAUAUUUGUUACUAUUACUAUAGUUUUUUGGAAAGUGGAUGUUCUUAAAAUAUGUCUGUGGUAUUAUAUUCCAUAAAAGAGGUUCCUGUUCAAUGUCCCUAUCUCUCGACGUAAGCUCGCAUCGUGCCGCGGGCGCCGGAAAAAUUAUGGUUCUUUCCCACCUUGAUUUUGGCGACAACGGACAUAAUUUCCGCCGAUGGAACGUACAGUGGGUAUCGAUCGGCUUCAACUCUCAUAACGUGUUCUGUAUAGAGAUUGGCAAUUCUUGGCAAGUCUAUGGCAUUCUUGGUCGCUGGCUUGUACACACCCCGUAGAAUAGUUCGUAUGUUUACAACGGUUCCUGAAGAAAUGUUACAAUAAUUUAUUUAUUCUGACAAUAUGUACACGAUUCAGAAAUGGUAGUCUGAACUGUUUUGAGAUUAUAUAGUUCUCAACUAAAGAAUUUACUAGAUGUAGGCUAGUUUUUGGCAGAUAUAUGAGUAUUCUUCUAUUGCUUAAAAUAUAAUUUAACCUACAGUUGUUUAUGUUUGUUUUUGCGGCGCGUUCGUGUCCGUUGUCAAGGAAGAUUCUUAAAAAAAAUUAAAAUAUUCUUAAAAUGGCAAAGAUGACAACAUGUAUUCUGUUCAAGAGACCACAUUUUUUUUAAAUCCAUGAAGGUAAAAAUGCCUUAGGCUAUUUAUAACCCGAUAUAUGUUUAAAUUUUACAUUAAUAAUUAAUUUGUAUUUAAAACGUAUGCUAAAAAUAAUGCAGUACAUUAUUUAUAUCCCAAUUUACAUUGUGAUAGGAUUGGUUUUAUUACAAGAGUAAAUACCUGUAUAUCCAUUUCUAGUAUGGACGAGUUAAGAGUGACACAAUAUCACAUAUUGUAAUGAUUUGUAAUGUAAGUUUGUAGCUUUUUAUAAUUGAAGGAAGAAAAAAAUAUUGGACAAUAUCUGAAAAAACAAAUAAACACGUUUGUUUAUUGCAUACGUUAAACAGUAUACUAUACAUUUUUCCAAGAUAAAAUUCUCGAUAUAUAAAAUAUUAAUGCUGUUGUCAUAUGGAUAUUGAUAAAAUUUGAAAUCCUUCUUAGUAUUGUACUAAUAUUUUAGUACUUGUUUAUAACUAGCCAAAAUGUACAAUGGUAUAUAAAAUAAAAUACACUUUAAUUAUUAUUAUUUUUGAUAUUACUAACAGUCUUGUUUGCAAUAUGUCAGGGAGAACAGGAGUAGGAGUGUCGUGUUCUGCUCAUCCCGGAGACUGUUCACAUUUUUCAAGAUAUUGUGUGAUAAUCUUUUUUAUCCCUGUGGAGUUUUAAAAUUAUGUAUUACCAUUUUUACAAAUUGUGUAUGUCAUAAUAAUAAACGCCAUACAUUUAA